AUGCUCAUCGACGGUCAAAAGUGGGCUUGCGAAGCUUGCAUACGGGGACACCGUGUGACCAGCUGCAAACAUCAUGAUCGGCCGUUGAUUCGCAUCAAGCGCAAGGGCCGGCCGUUCGCCACCUGCUCUAUCUGUCAUGCCACGCCUUGUUCGUCACCGAGCGAACACGCCCGCGCGCGGCGCGAGGCAGAGCUAAAAUCUCCAUCAAAAGUAACGCAAACUAUACAAAUACCACCGGAAUGGGCAAUUCUUCGACUCUACCCUCGCCACCCCAACCCGGCUGGCUUCCUCCCGAUUGCGCCGCGGCCGGACUCGACCAACGGCAAGGACACGAAUAACAAAAAGAAGCCUUCCAUCACCCGUUCCGCCUCCACGUCCGCGUCCGCGUCCGCUUCGUCGUCGGCUCAGCUUACCCCGCUUGUGUCGUCGGAGCGCGCUGCGUCUAUCAGCCACGCUGCUAUCGGGCCGGGAGACUGGUCGGGUUCUGAGGCUUCUGGUCCAGAGUCUCAUACGCCGCUCCAUCGGCUGUCGAUUACGUCGGAAUCCUCGGGGGCAGGAGCCCAGACUAGCAUGGUCCAGCCGAAUAUGUCGUUUGCGCAGUCGGCCCCGGGGAUAUUGGCGCACCAGGACCAUGCCUCUUCUUUACUGCCUCAGGCGAUUAUGUUUGACCCUGCCUACUCCAUCCUCCCUACUACCUCCACUGCCUCGUCUGUCUCCGAUGCUCAAUUAGCACAAACACUGGUUAGUCCCUCGGAGGGCGAGAAUCCCUUCGAAUUCCCGUUAGACCCGGCGCUGGCUCUGGGGGAUGGGUCGCUUGGUUGUUUGGACGAUUUGGACGUUGAUAUGACGGAAGGUUUGUGUGAUGAUACAUUUCAUGUUGAGGAUUGGUCAAGGUAUAUGUGGUCGCCGGAGACCGGCUUCGAGCACUUGGAUACUGGGUUUCCUCCUCCACCGAGGUCGGAGUGA